ACGCACAGACAGUGCUGCGCGGGCGCGCGUGUGUGUUGUUGUUAUUGUUGUUGUUGUCGUCGUCGUCGUCGUCACCACAGCGCUGUACAGUGCCCGGUUACGAAAAAUAUUGUAGCGUUAUCGGUUUUCUACGUUUUCGCACCGUGUUCGGCCGUCGCGCGAAUCCGUACAAGUCGUGUGCACGUACCACACCGUCCGAUCGCCGGCACCAGGGUCUUCGUGUGCCGAUCGGUCGUGUUCCUCGUGUCCACCGGCCAUCAGUAAUAUUCGUUCGUCACCGCCGCCGCUCACUCCCGGUCGGCUCUUCGGCGCACGCCGUGUCCGUCACUUUCGCCCCGUCCGCCGCGUCGAAAAACCGUAUUGCAGUGCACGCGCGCACACGCACUACCACCGCUCUCGGUCGUCCGCGAUAAUGGGACCGAGGAAAAAAUAUUACUCGCCGAGACGACCGCCUCCGAUAACCAGACGAACGCGGGACCGUGACCUUGAGACGAUGACGACGGUUCAGUAGAUCAGUGUCGCUGGUUCGUGUACGACUCCGAACUCCUCUCCCGCAACACGUCCGUAAAUAACAUUUAUACACUCGUAUACACGGGCGCGCGCGCUCGCGCGCACGUACUCCGCUCACCGUCGGCCGCGGCGAAAAAGGAAUAAACAAUAUAAAAAUAAUCAUGGAAGCAAAUUUUAUUAUACAACAGGAUCCAAUCAACUUUAAAGCAGUUUAUGAAAACGUAAAUGGACAUUUCAAUGGAACACCCGCGCCACCUGUUGCAGCUCCAGUACCGGUUGGUGUACCAGGAGCAAUGGGAGUUCUGCAACCGCAGGCUCCUGCAUUGCAACCACAACUAGUUGAUGUACCUGUAUUUAACUGUCCACGUCGACCGAAUUUGGGACGUGAAGGCAGACCGAUUGUACUGCGUGCUAAUCAUUUUCAAAUAUCUAUGCCCCGUGGUUAUGUACAUCAUUACGAUAUAAACAUUCAACCUGACAAAUGUCCACGAAAAGUUAAUCGUGAAAUUAUAGAAACUAUGGUUCAUGCAUAUAGUAAACUUUUUGGUAAUCUGAGACCUGUAUUUGAUGGUCGCAACAAUUUAUACACAAGAGAUCCAUUGCCAAUCGGAAAUGAUCGAAUGGAAUUAGAAGUAACACUGCCUGGGGAAGGUAAAGAUAGAGUAUUCCGUGUUAAUAUUAAAUGGUUAGCCCAAGUAUCAUUAUUUGCUUUAGAAGAAGCAUUAGAAGGUCGCACAAGACAAAUACCAUAUGAUGCUAUUUUAGCUUUAGAUGUAGUUAUGAGACAUCUUCCAUCGAUGACCUAUACACCAGUUGGUCGAUCUUUUUUUUCUUCACCUGAAGGAUACUACCAUCCAUUAGGUGGUGGUAGGGAGGUUUGGUUUGGUUUUCACCAAUCUGUUAGACCAUCACAAUGGAAAAUGAUGCUUAAUAUUGAUGUGUCUGCAACUGCUUUUUACAAAGCACAACCAGUAAUAGAAUUCAUGUGUGAAGUGUUGGACAUUAGGGAUAUUGGUGAACAACGAAAGCCAUUAACAGAUUCACAAAGAGUUAAAUUUACAAAAGAAAUAAAAGGUCUUAAAAUAGAAAUUACACAUUGUGGAGCUAUGCGAAGAAAAUAUAGAGUUUGUAAUGUUACAAGAAGGCCUGCUCAAAUGCAAUCUUUCCCGUUGCAAUUAGAAAAUGGUCAAACAGUAGAAUGCACAGUAGCUAAAUAUUUCUUAGACAAAUACAAGAUGAAACUACGGUAUCCACAUUUACCCUGUCUUCAAGUUGGACAGGAACAUAAACAUACAUAUCUUCCUUUAGAGGUCUGUAACAUAGUUGCGGGUCAACGAUGUAUUAAAAAAUUAACUGAUAUGCAAACAUCAACUAUGAUCAAAGCAACUGCACGAAGUGCCCCAGAUCGUGAAAGAGAGAUUAACUCAUUGGUUCGUCGAGCCGAUUUCAAUAAUGAUUCAUAUGUACAAGAAUUUGGUCUUACUAUAUCAAAUAGCAUGAUGGAAGUACGGGGUCGUGUUUUACCACCACCAAAAUUACAAUAUGGUGGACGAACUCUUCCUAAUCAAGGAGGAUUAAAUGUUCAACAAACUAAACAACAAGCUUUACCAAAUCAAGGAGUUUGGGAUAUGAGAGGCAAACAGUUCUUUACAGGUGUAGAAAUUCGUAAUUGGGCAAUAGCUUGUUUUGCCCCACAAAGAACUGUUCGUGAAGAUGCCUUAAGGAAUUUUACAACACAACUUCAAAAGAUAAGUAGUGAUGCUGGAAUGCCAAUUGUUGGCCAGCCAUGUUUUUGUAAAUAUGCAACGGGGCCUGACCAAGUCGAACCAAUGUUUCGUUAUUUAAAAUCAACAUUUACUGGGUUACAACUUGUUGUUGUUGUUUUACCUGGAAAAACUCCUGUUUAUGCUGAAGUUAAACGAGUUGGAGAUACUGUUCUUGGAAUGGCUACUCAAUGUGUUCAAGCUAAAAAUGUUAAUAAAACAUCUCCCCAAACUUUAUCAAAUUUAUGUUUAAAAAUCAAUGUGAAAUUAGGUGGCAUAAAUAGCAUUCUUGUACCAAGUAUCAGACCUAAAGUAUUCAAUGAGCCCGUGAUAUUUUUGGGCGCAGAUGUAACUCAUCCACCUGCAGGUGACAAUAAAAAACCUUCUAUUGCAGCAGUUGUGGGAUCUAUGGAUGCACAUCCUAGUCGUUAUGCUGCUACAGUACGUGUUCAACAACAUAGACAAGAAAUCAUUCAAGAACUUAGUUCUAUGGUCAGAGAACUGCUUAUAAUGUUUUAUAAGAGCACUGGCGGUUAUAAACCUCAUAGAAUAAUAUUAUAUCGUGAUGGUGUAUCUGAGGGACAAUUUCCUCAUGUCCUACAACACGAACUUACAGCUAUUCGUGAGGCUUGUAUAAAAUUGGAAGGUGAUUACAAACCUGGAAUCACAUUUAUUAUUGUUCAAAAACGUCAUCACACAAGAUUGUUUUGUGCUGAUAAAAAAGAACAAUCUGGAAAAUCUGGAAAUAUUCCAGCUGGUACAACAGUUGAUGUUGGAAUAACACAUCCUACAGAAUUUGAUUUUUACCUAUGUAGUCAUCAAGGAAUUCAGGGAACAAGUAGGCCGAGUCAUUAUCAUGUUCUAUGGGAUGACAAUCAUUUUGAGUCUGAUGAAUUGCAAUGCUUAACAUACCAAUUAUGUCAUACAUAUGUUAGAUGUACACGAUCUGUAUCUAUACCAGCACCUGCAUAUUAUGCUCACUUGGUUGCAUUUAGAGCUCGAUAUCAUUUAGUUGAAAAAGAACAUGACAGUGGUGAAGGUUCACAUCAAUCUGGUUGUAGUGAAGAUCGAACACCAGGAGCAAUGGCUCGAGCCAUCACAGUACAUGCUGACACAAAGAAAGUUAUGUACUUUGCUUAA